AUGCCCCACAAGGAUUUUCAAAAGGAUCUCAGCGAGGCGGCCGCUCCUGGUCGAUUUCCUCACCUGAGUGAAGUCAGGGCGGGAGACUAUGAGGGUUCCAUUUCGUUUACGUUUACCUUCUCAGACUCCAGACUUGAAUUUCAAGCGAUUGUGUCCGACCCCCACGAUUACCCCAAAGACCACAACUAUUUUGUCUUUGCUACCUCAGAAAACACCCCCAGUGCAGUGACAACAUCCCUGGAAAAUUCCCAGGUCUUAUUCCCCGGGUUUUCUAUUGAGGACUUGCUGAGCAGCGUCGAUGGCAUGGUGAAUGGUGUCCUUGUUGCUCCCUCUCAGACAUCCACCCAUUUGGAUCAGAGCGAUGACUUUUCAGCCGGUGAAGAUAAUGAGGAAUCUGACUGGGAAUGGGAAGAGGAAAACGAAAACCCUUUCUUUGUGCCUGUUUCUAGUGGACCUGAAUUACGACUGAAAAUCCGCCGUGACCUCCGGGUUGCCAAAAACGCCGGGUUCAAAGUGGGAUACCUGGGACAGAUUACUGGCACAAUCAUUGUGUUGGUGUCAUGCCGUAUUGCCCGACUCGGCAUUUCUGAAGAGGUGAUGCAAGCAUGGAAUGUGCGUCCCUCAGACUACCUGGUGUUGGUGAUUCGAUAUCGGCCGACCUAUCAAGAUCUCCAGGAUAUCCUCCAGGAGAAAGACCCCAAAUCCCCCUUUGUCUCAAUGCAUGUGGGACUCUGUGAGUCCUAUAAGCCAUCUCUGGCCCAGGCCAUGUUGGCCAUUCAAGGAGCAGCAACACCAGACGACCAGGGGGAAAGCUUGGUCGUGCCAGAUCUGGAACAAGGCCAUGAUCUCAAGAGUCUAUUUAUUGGAAAGCCGCUCAAGUCGCUGCUCAAUGAACGGUUCCUCGGGAUUGUGAGGCUUCGACUGAAGCAUGGGUUUUCAUGGACCGGAGCGGAGUUGUGUUUCCACACCAUCCAAGGCAAGAUUCUCGGUGACAGCGAAGUAGGCCGGAGUGAAUUUUUUGAGCCCGACAACUGGACCGCAUCGCCCCCAGCGUUUCUUGUGGCUGACCACAUGGCCGAUGCGGGCAUGGAUGCCUCCAAGCUCUCUUUACCUCUUCUGGCCAUGCAGUUUACUCUGCGUCAUUUUGUCAAGUGCACGGAGUUUUGUCUGGUCUGCCACUGCAAGACCCAUGAUAAUUUUGAGGCACUGAAGCCAUACGUCUGCUCGAACGGACUGUGCCUGUACCAAUACAUUACACUGGGCAUGGGCCCCAGUCUGGAGUACGAGAUUCGCACCCAACCCAACGUGGUUGACCUGCUGGUCAGCCUGACAUACGACCGAGCAAGAUCAGGCCACCUUUGUGAUUUUCCUACUGGCCUUGGUCUUCGGGUGCCUCGAAAGUUGAGCCUUCCCUCAAUUUCUGAUGGCACGUCGACAACUGUACAAACUUCAUGCGAUGCUGCACAGCUGAAUCCUGCCAAGCUGGAGCUCCGUCCAUUGAAGCCGCAUCAUGCCAAGGUCGGCGAUUGGAUUACUUUUAUGAAACCUGGCAGCGUUCUUGACAUGAUUCCUACGCAGCAUUGGAGUGGCCGCAUCAAGCAUAUUGGGGAGUCAUCUGAUUACAUUUAUCUCUCAUCGUCAAUUUCUCGCCCCGAUAUGUCGUUUCCCGCAGAAGCGCCGACUGGGAUCGUCGAUGUGGAGUUUGCAAUCUACGAGGAGAAGUUUGAUGAUCUGACCUUUUCGCAGAAGCAGGAUGCAAUAGUCGCGCUCCUGAACACGCUGCCGAGCAUCACCAGCAUGAAGAGUUUCCUCGAGAGCAGCUGUAAUGACACCCUCCUUUCGUCUUGGAAAGAUCGCAUUUCCCCGGCUGCCUUGGACUUGCUGCGGUGGAUUGUCGCCUCCAAUCGAUCGUGCAUCAUGCAAGACAAUGAUGAUCCUCAGCACCUUGUGUCGGGAAUGGAUGGCUAUAUCCAGUUCCGGUUGGCUCAAGGAGCCCCUGACAAGGAGCAACGCUUUAUUGACGCGGUCAAUUCGGUUUCCUUGGCCGCCAACCCCCAACAUCCAACUAUCUUUGCGUGGCACGGGAGCCCUUUGCGUAACUGGCACAGCAUCCUCCGCGAAGGACUGCACUUCAAAAAUAUCGCCAAUGGCCGUGCUUGUGGGAAUGGCGUCUAUCUUUCUCGCCAUUUCGGCACCUCGUUGGGUUACACCCAAGUUAAUCGCGCCCCCUUUCUAGGGUGGCCGAACAGCAGGUUGAACAUCCAGUCGGUGAUCUCUUUGAACGAGGUGGUCAAUGCCCCCCAGAAGUUUGUGUGUAUCAAUCCCCACUACGUGGUACAGUAUCUGGACUGGAUCCAGCCCAGAUAUCUCUUCGUCAAAGGCAACGGCUUUGUUUCUCCUCCUAAACCUGGAGAGCCGCCCUCGCUCGUCUACAACCAAGACCCGAACCGUUGUGCCUAUGGCCCCAAAGGCACUGCGAUUGUGAUCCCAAUUUCGGCCCUGAGCAGCCAGCGACGACAGAACCUCGACGCGGAGCCAAAAGCAACCCCGGAACAGGCAUCACCCACUAAGAAGUCUCCCUCAAAGUUUGCCAGGGCCCCCAGCAAAAAGCGGAAACGAGGAUCAAAGCAUGAGGAAGAGAUGAGCGACGACAAUGUCAGUGUCACCACAGCGGUGGAAGAUCUCAAAAUUCUUCUUUCCGACUCGGACGACGAUAUAAACGAGCCCCCGAGGAAGUCCAGCGUGGACAGAAACCCGGCCCAAGACGCUGACCCCAAGACCGACUUUGAGCCAGGAACGUUGAGCGAGGAAAACUUGCCGCUCCUCAGUCCUCCAGAAUACGCAACCAUGUCGGCAACGAAGAUGCUCCAGCAGCACCUCCAAGCAGCACUCAGAGUCCAGAAGCGGGAAGCCCUCCACGAACUGGGCUGGUACGUCGACCCAAGCCUGAUCAAAACCGUGUACCAGUGGAUCGUGGAGCUGCACACAUUCGAUCCUGCGCUCCCACUAUCCCAGGAUCUCAAAGCCGCGAAUCUGAAGAGCGUGGUGCUGGAGCUCCGCUUCCCGCCCCAGUUCCCAAUGGACCCCCCCUUUGUGCGGGUCAUCCGCCCCCGAUUCCUGGAGUUUGCCCACGGCGGCGGGGGGCAUGUCACUGCCGGUGGAGCUAUGUGCAUGCAGCUACUGACCAACUCGGGCUGGCUGCCGACGGCGUCGAUUGAAAGCGUGCUGCUGCAGGUCCGCAUGGCGAUUACCAACACUGAGCCUCGUCCUGCGCGUCUGGCUCCGCGUCAGCAGCGCAAGAGUUACACUGUCGGUGAGGCGGUCGAAGCUUACAAGCGAGCGUGUCGGACGCAUGGUUGGCAGAUUCCAAAGGAUCUGCAGCGUCUUUCAUGGUGA